AAUACAUUUUGACGCUUAAAAAUAUUCGAAAGCCAUGUGUUCUCUGUAAUAUACUUUAAUAAAAAUAUUUUUUUAUAUUUAUUUAAAUUGUGAGGAAAAUGUCGUUUUUUAUCAGAAAUCAACAUGAUAAUAAGGGUUUUACACGAAAGGUAAAUGGAUUGAAACAUAAGGAUUCUAAAAAUCAAGGAUCAAAGGGAAAAAAAAGAAGUUUCAAAAAGCACGCUAAUGAUAAUGAAAGCAUUGGUAGUACAGAUGAAGAAAUUGCUGAAGAGGAAGAAAGAAAUUUGGAUAGUAGUUCGGAAGAUGAAGAUGAAGAAACAGCCCAGGAAAAACGCCUUAGAUUAGCUAAAAAAUAUUUAGAAGAAAUAGAAGAAGAAGAAAGAGAUAGAGCGGACUUUGAAGAAGGAGCUAUAACAAAACGAUUAAAACAAGAUUACCUAGAGGAGAAAGGUCGCUUAAGGAAAAUAAUUGCUGAUACAUAUGUAGGACACGAUACACCAUUCAUUCUUCGGUGUAAAGAUCAUAAAAAUUCAAUUACGUGUAUUUGUCUCUCUAGUAAUGGGCAAUUCUUAUAUUCUGGAUCUAAAGAUGGUAGUUUAGUAAAAUGGUCGCUGCAUGAUAGACAAAAAUUAAAAUCACUAAAGGGUAAAAGUAAAAGUACAGCAGGGAUGUCUAGUAUACGGUGUAUGGCAGUUAGUACAGAUAAUAAGUUUCUGGUCGUAGGUGCUGAUGAUUCGAAAAAUAUAAAAGUCUUUUCAGCAUUAGAUUUAAGUCACAUAAAAGACUUGCAGGGUCACAGAGAUAUAGUCUCAGGAUUAGUAUUUAGAAUGCAUACGCAUACACUGUACUCAGCAUCCUUGGAUCGAUGUGUGAAAAUAUGGAAUUUAGAUGAGAUGGCCUAUGUCGAUACUCUCUUUGGACAUCAAAGUGGAAUAACUUCGAUCGACUCUUUAUCGCGUGAAAGAGCCAUUACCAGUGGUGGAUUCGACGGAACAGUGAGAAUAUGGAAAAUUGUUGAAGAAUCACAAUUAAUUUUUAAUGCACAUGGUGGUAGUAUAGAUGCUGUAAAAUUAAUUAACGAGGAAAACUUUUUAAGUUGUGGAGAUGACGGACAAUUGUGCGUUUGGGGUUGUUUAAAAAAAAAACCAUUAUGCAGUGUAUCCGAAGCCCAUGGAAGGGAUGAAAUUAAUAGUUUACCCCAUUGGAUAUCUAGCAUUGCUACAUUCUUAAAUACAGAUUUAGUUGCUUCAGGUUCUAAAAAUGGUGUGAUAAAACUAUGGAAGUGCGGAGAGUCAUUUAGAAGUUUGCAUCCUUUAUUUGAUAUAAGCAUAAAUGGGUUUAUUAAUUCCCUUAUUUUUACGUCUGAUGGAAAGUAUCUCGUUGCUGCAAUUGGACAAGAACAUAAAUUGGGAAGAUGGUGGCGGAUUCCCGAAGCCAAAAAUAGUAUAGCAAUUAUACCACUUGUAACGAAUAAUAGGGAUUUUCAAAUAAAAUAAUUGCAAUAAAGUAAUUAAAUGGAUUCGAUUAUUGAAAUCGAGCGAGUAAUUUAUGUCGAGAAAUCUGACAAUGAAAUAUCAAUAGUUUGUAUAUUUGUUCAUAUACUUAUGCCCAUGAAAUCGCCUACAAUCCCUACUUUCCAAUUUUUUCAAACAAUUUCUCCACUUGUAUUCACAUGUCGACACUCUCAAAAAAUCUUAACGUAAAUUUCAAUCCGAUAAGAGAGCUGAUU